AUGGCGGUUCCCGCGGUGUUGUCCACUCGUUCUACCCCAUGGCGACAUCUAUACAGAUCCCUUGUACGGGAAUGCACAUACCUCCCCGACCCGGUCGCGAUGGAUUAUAUGCGCGAUUACGUCCGCUCGAGUUUCCGAGAGAACAUUUCAGAAGCACGCAUACGCGGUAUCACACAAAUUAAAGAAUUCCAUCUCCACAGGCGUGGCCGAAAAUUGCUCUCGCUUCUUCAUCGCGCCAAUGAGGGAUACCUAAAGGCUCUCGAAAAAGUCCUCCUCCUUGCAUAUGGCAGAAUCGGAAAACGCAGGUACUUUCUUAUGCGACCUUUGCUUCCGCCGCAAACGGUAAUUCAAACUUUCGAUGACAACUGGCAACCUCCCAGCGCCCUUAUGACGCUAUUGAAAAGCCAGUCCAACCAGCGAACGGUCACCGAGCUAGGAAUGCGACCGGUUAUCAAAUCAUUCGAACCCCCGAUCCCCAAAGAGAACAUCUGGGGAAGGCCUAUUCCGUAUAAACGGCGUGUGAAUAUUCGGCGGCGAUGGUAUCGUUUGCUGAUAGACAGCUGUCUUCCAAUACUCCCGGGGCAGGACUGGGGCGUCCUUCACGAUUUAGCUACUGGAAAAGGACCGUGGACUCUUCCAAAACGGAGAAAGACCCUGGCGGUAUCUCAACCUACUACGUUCCUUACACCCGAGUUCCUUGUCCAUGGGCCAGCCAAGGGUCCCACGUUCGAGAUGUAUUCCAGGGGCAGGCCUCACAACAUCACCCGAAGGCUUAUGGAGAAGUUGUGGAGAAAAGUGUGCGCACUAACACCGACAAUGGUGUGGGACGAGCCGAGAGAUAGAUGGGCAAUUCAAUGGGGCAUGAUUGACGCUCCCCGGCGGAUCUCUGCGCACAAGCUUGAUAGAGAGAAGGGAAUUGCUCUGUUCGAAGGCGUUGACCCGAGAACAGGACAAACAUCGCACGUGAACCGGGCUGCUGGGUAA